GCGUCACGUGCGGGCGUGGCAUUGGCGAAUCAGGGCGCGGGGCCGCCGACGACAUCACCGCCCCGCCAGGCAGCUCCGAGCUUCCACCUCACCCGCAGUAGUAGAGAGUCUCCUAUUGCAUCACCCUCCACCAUGGCCGCCCCCGAAGUGCACCACCUGUUCCACCACCCGAUCGCGGACCACUCGUUCUCGGCGGACCGCCAGACGCUCGCCGUGGCCCGCGACAACAACGUCGACCUGUACGCGCACUCGGGCGCCGGCUUUAAGCUGCAGGACGAGCUGACGGGCCACGACAAGACGGUCACGGGCGUCGACAUUGCGCCCAACAGCGGCAAGAUCGUCACGUGCUCGCAGGACCGCAACGCCUACGUGUGGGAGCCGUCGGCGGGCGGCUGGAAGCCGACCCUCGUGCUGCUGCGCAUCAACCGCGCCGCGACGUGCGUGCGCUGGGCACCCUCCGAGACCAAGUUCGCCGUCGGCUCCGGCGCGCGCCUGAUCCCCGUCUGCUACUUCGAGGAGGAGGACAACUGGUGGGUGUCCAAGCACAUCAAGAAGCCCAUCCGCAGCACCGUCACCGCCGUCGCCUGGCACCCCAACUCGGUGCUGCUGGCCGCGGGCUCGACCGACGGCCACGCCCGCGUGCUGUCCUCGUUCGUCAAGGGCGUCGACGCCCGCCCGGAGCCGAGCGCCUGGGGCGAGCGCCUCCCCUUCAACACCGUGUGCGGCGAGUUCCUCAACAACACCGCGGGCUGGGUGCACAGCGUGGCCUUUUCGCCGUCAGGCAACGCCCUGGCCUUCGCCUCGCACGACUCCACGCUGACCGUCGUGUACCCGUCGGCGCCGGACCAGCCGCCCGCCGCCGUCGUCAGCAUCGCGACCCAGGUGCUGCCGUUCGUGUCGCUGGUGUGGAGCGCCGAGGACGAGAUCAUCGCCGCGGGCUACAACUGCGAGGCCUACCGCCUGCAGGGCAGCGAGGCCGGCUGGGCGCUCGCCGGCUCGCUCGAGAGCAAGGGCCGCCCCGGACUCGCCGAGGCCCGCGACGAGAGCGCCUUCAACAUGUUCCGCCAGAUGGACCUCAAGGGCAAGACCAGCGCCGACGACACCAAGCUCAAGACCGUGCACCAGAACACCAUCAGCACCAUCCGCAGCUACGCCGAGGCCGACGGCCGCGUGAGCAAGAUCAGCUCCAGCGGCGUCGACGGGCGCGUGGUGAUUUGGAACGUGUAGUGUAGUGUGGUAGUAGUAGUAGUAUCCAUCGCUGGUUGAGGUCGGCGGCGCUCAGCCGUUAGCCGGCCGCCGCCAUCUAGAAACAUAGAAAUAAAACAACCGACCCGCACGCAUCCCGC